AUGCAAAAUGUUUUGGCACGACUUGGUCGAGAUCCUCUUAAAUUGGCUGCCUAUCAGAAAGCGGUGAAGGAGUUGUUGGCAUCGGGUGCUGUUGAGGUUAUGAAGAGUGACGAAAAUCCUGAGGAGUUUGCUUCCUUUUAUACUCCACUAACUCCAGUUAUUGAUGAGACUAGAGUCAGUACUAAGUGUAGGUUGUGUCUUGAUGCUCGACCUUUGAAUACCUACACGGAGUUACGAGGUGUUGAGGAUCCUUCAGUGGUACCAAAGAGUCUCGAUCUCUAUGCUUCUAUUAUACGAUGGCGAAGUAUGCGUCGUGUGAGUUGUGAAGAUCUCCAGAAGGCCUUUUGGCAGGUUGAAGUUAAGAGUGAUGAUCGUCCCUUUUUGGGUAUGAUUUUAGACUCGAAUACUAUAGUAAGAUGGGUCAGAGUUCCCUUUGGCUGUGGAUGGAGUCCUUGGGCUUUGUCUUAUGGUAUUCAAGUGGCCAUGAAUGAUGUUGUGGAUACGAUGGCUCGCUCUAGUUUGGACUAUUAUGUUGAUGAUUCGUGUAUAUCAUCCUCUAGUAAGGCUGAUGUUGAGCGGAGUCGAUCGAUCAUCAUUCCUGCAUUGGCGCUUCGUGGUUUUGUAACAAACCCUGAGAAAAGAGCUCAUAAUUUGGAUACUUGUGGUAAUGUUAUUGGUGUUGGAGCCUUUGUUGAGGACGUUUUGGCCUCUACUACUCAUAGUUGGUUAGGGUACCGUUGGUAUGUUGAUGACAGUGUAGAUGUGGUAGAUAUUCGAUUACCAGAUUUCGACCUACCUACUACAUUGUCGAUGAGUAUUCUGCGGUCUACAGUGGCUAGGUUAUUUGAUCCUUUGGGACUUUGGAAUGAAGUUGUUCUUGAACUACGAGUACUUUUGCGUGGCCUGCAUGAUCAAGGUUUUGGGAUACGUAAAGGUGGUGUUAUUAUUAAGGAUCUUUUGGUUGGUGAAGCUGAGGUUCAUGCUCGAUCGUGUAUUGACUCAAUACUCAAUACUAUUGAGGGAUGUAAUAAUUACCUCCGAUCGAACCGCUACCUUCCUCCUCGUUAUAUUGAUAUGAGUGAUAUUGUUUGUUUUUGUGAUGCCAGUGAUUUGGCUGUGGCUACUGAUUGUCGAGAUCGUAAGCAAGGUCAAAGAAUUUUUAGUCGCUUGAGUACUCAUGUCGGUGGUACUAUACCACGUCGUGAGUUAGAAGCUGUCCGGAUCGGCAUUCUAAGUGUCGAGCAAUUAUCAAGUGCCAUUGGGCACCGAGUUCCGAUUCGUCGAUGUGUAAUCGCCAGCGAUUCCUUGGUCUCUCUUUAUCGUAUUCGUUCGAUACUUCUACUCAAGGAUAGUUCUAAAUCUAAGUUUGAUAAGGUUGGUAAACCAGAGCAGCGACGUCUUAUUCAUAUUUACGAUUUAGUCCAUCGUAUUUUGACUGAGAACAAUGAUAUGGUAUUGGAAUUCCGUCAUGUUUCUUCGAGUCAGAAUGUGGCUGAUCGGUUGACCCGUCCUAGCUCUCUGCUCUGUGAUGAAGACCAUAAGUGGCAAUCAAUUAGUAAUGUUCUCGACGGUUCUUCAAUAAUGUGCUUCAAUGUAUCACUGGAUGAUCUACAAGAAGACGGUUGUCCCUUUUUGGUACAGGGUGAUGAUAUUGAUGAGGAUUGCUUAGAGUUGUUUUCGCCACCUUCUCCUGCAUGUAAUGCUGUUACUAUUGAGGAAAAUUCCUCAUGGUUUGCUGAAUUCCGGAAACGGGUUUUAGUGUGUCAAAGUGCUGAUCCUGAAUGUGUUCAUUUAGCUUCUUUAUUACGUGCUAAUCCAUCUUGCUCUCAGUCCCGUUUCCAUCAUCUUGAUGAAGAGACCGGUAUGUUAUUAAUCCGGCAAUUCAAGGAUGAUGGUCCCGACUGUUGGGUUGCUAAGGUUCCAGAAGGUUCUUCUUUACAAGAAGAAGUCAUUGAGAAAAUUCACAAGGAGUACAUUCAUCCUGGUAUCAAGAAGACGGUACGUCUUAUUCGCCGUCACUGUGACUUCAAGGGUCUUCAUACUGCUGUGAAGCGAUAUAUUAGGGCAUGUGAUGUGUGCUGCAGAGCUCGUGAAGGAAGAAUGAUUGUGAAGGGUUUUGCUACGGCUAAGCUGGUAGCACCAGUGAUAUUUGGUGUAGUGGGAUUGGAUCUAUAUGGACCAUUACGUUUAAAGGGAAGCAUUAAGGUAUGGCUCUUGGUGAUGGUUUGCUAUGUCAGUAAAUGGAUGGCUGUGAAGAUACUCGAGGUACCUGAUGUUGAUCAUGUGUUAGCGUCAAGUAUGGAACUAUUCUACGAGAGUGGUGUACCUAAUAUGGUCCUAACCGAUCAAGGAUCAGUGUUCACAGCAUCCAGGUAUCGACAAUUUUUAGCGGAGCAUUCUAUCAUGCAUACUUAUACCUUUCCGUAUGAAGAGACUCGACGAGGAUGGCUAGAGCGACCUCAUAAAGAGAUAGGGGUUAUGUUACGUUGUCUUCAAGUUGAAUCUGGGAGCAAGCUGGAAGAUCUUAACAUCAAUGAGUUGCGGAUGUGGGUCUGCCGGCUGUGUUAUGUUCAUAAUAAUAUGGCGUUUGAUGAAGAUGCUAAUGACAAGGAAUUAACUCCGUGGUUGUGUAAUAGAGUUACCAGAAGUCUAGAUGAUGUUUUAUCCCCUCUACAAGAUGAAGAUCUCGAGAAGAUUCGUGGGUGGUUAUCAUCAGGGUUGUGCCUUGAUGACUGUUAUAAUUUGCUGGAUAGUGCAACGAAAGAAUUGCACGAACUCUGGUCUACGUCCGUUGAGCAUAUGAAGGAGUUGUGGUUGGAACGACGAUCUGAAGUGAGGAAACGUCUUGCUCGUCAUCGUAAGAGGGAUAUGUUGAAGAUUGGUGAUAUUGUGUGGAGGCGUAAUAUGCCUGUGAAGAAGUUGGGCGAGCUUUUCUCUGGUCCCUUUGAGGUUAUUGGUCGUGAUGGGUCUACUAUCAAGAUUAAGGAUGUUAACAGUGGUGACCAAUUAAGUUGUCCGGUUGAGAUGCUUAAGAGAGGAAGACGUGGACGAGCUCGACCUAUAGUGGAGUCAUUUAUGAAGGAUGCCGCUGUACAGGCUGCUGAAGAUGGUCCUGACAAAGUUAUUAAUCCUGAUGAUGUUGCUAGACUUGCUAAGACUUUGGUCAAUGAUUCUGGUGUGAUGACUCGUUCCGAACGAGUCGUUCGAAGAAACGUCUCUUGGAAUCUGUAUCAAGGCUUGCUGAUACGAAUAAGAUAG